GAAAUGGCUACAUCGAAGGCAAAGAGCUGGAAAACUUCUUCCAGGAGCUGGAAAGCGCAAGGAAGGGGGCGGGUGUGGACUCAAAGAACGACAACUUGGGUGACAAGAUGAAGGAGUUCAUGCACAAGUAUGACAAAAAUGCGGACGGCAAAAUCGAGAUGGCAGAGCUGGCCCAGAUCCUGCCCACGGAGGAGAAUUUCCUGCUGUGUUUCCGCCAGCACGUGCGCUCCAGCUCGGAAUUCAUGGAGGCUUGGCGCAGGUGAACGGACCGCAGCGGCUACAUCGAAGCCAACGAGCUCAAGGGCUUCUUGUCGGACCUUCUGAAGAAGGCGAACAGGCCCUACGAUGAGCCCAAGCUGCAGGAGUACACGCAGACCAUCCUGCGGAUGUUCGACAUGCUUUUGCCUGUGCAAGAAAAUUUCCUUCUGAAGUUUCAGGGGAUGAAGCUGUCUGCGGAGGAGUUCAAUGCCAUCUUCGCCUUCUAUGACAAGGAUGGGAGCGGGUUCAUUGAUGAGAACGAGCUGGAUGCACUUUUGAAAGACCUGUACGAGAAAAAUAAGAAAGAGAUGAGCAUCCAGCAGCUCACCAACUACAGGAAGAGCAUCAUGAACCUUUCCGACGGGGGCAAACUCUACCGCAAGGAGCUAGAGAUCGUGCUCUGCAACGAGCCCCCCAUGUAG